AUAGCGGUUUCAACAACCAGAGAGCGCUCGGGACGGAGAGUGAAAAGAUUGAAAACAUACAGGUGAGCUGCAGGUGCCAAGUCGGCUGUGACUGCUUGAUUCGGUUCGGUGAACCUUUGAAUUUUGGACAAAUCCACGCAAAAUCAUGGCUCGUUAUUUCCGAGAGCAGGACAUAGACGAAUUUCGAGAGUGCUUCUACCUAUUUGCGCGAAAUGGCCAAAUCCGCACCCUGGACGAGCUGACCGUAACGAUGCGGUCACUCGGCAUGAGCCCCACCAUAGCCGAGCUCAAGAAAUACUUCAAAGACAAAGGAGGUCAACUGGCAUUCUCCGACUUUUUGGACAUCAUGCACGCACACAGCAAAGUGGAGAAACUACCCACUGAAGUUUUGGCAGCUUUUCGGGCAAAUGACCCUAAAAAAAGUGGUCUCAUUUCUGCCAAGGACCUGCGACACAUUCUUCUAAACUGGGGCGAAAAGUUGAGCGUAAAAGAAGUGGAUCAUAUUUUCCAUGAGGCGAAUGUGGGUCCCAAUGGGCAAGUUCGCUACGAGGACUUUGUGAAAAUUGCUUGCGCGCCAGUGCCUGACUACUAUUGAGCACAUCAAGUAUUUUUUUUUUAUCUAGACGGUAUUUUGUAAUUUUUGUAUUUAUUUUUUUAAAUGGUUAAUUAGAGUAUUUAUUAAAAACCAAGACUAUAA